UUCUCUCUACCCCUUUUCUCUUAAUCCGGAUACUCUCUUUUUUUUCUUCUCUCCAAUCUCCAGCACCUCUCUUCUUCUCUCUCUCUCUUUCUUUUCCCUUCUCUCCAGCGCCUCUCUACGCCCUCUUUUUGGGUCGUCGUUCUUGGCGUUUUUGGGUUAAGGUCGGAGAGGUUGUGGUGGCCGGUGGGUUGAGAUCGGGCUGGCAUUGAGAUUGAGCUGGGUGGGUAGUUGAGAUCGGGCUCGGAUUGAGAUCGAGGUGGGUGGGUGGUUGAGAUCGGGCUGUGGAUGGUAGAAUUCGGAACCUCAAAACCGUUCUGAUUUCCGCUGCCGAAUUGUUUGCUGGAUCUUCAGAAAAAUGGGUACGCUUCUUCGUUCUUCCCACACUUGUUUUCGUUCUUAUUGUUAUUCUACUCUUUCUGCUGCUGCUACUACUUCUACUAGUAUUGCUAGUGCUAAAAAAACCCCGAAUCACAAUCACCAUCAAAAUCAAUUCUUGAAACCUGUUAGAGAUCAGUGCAAACCUAGAAGCUUUAGGAAUGUUGAUCAUGCCUUAGACCUGUUUGAUAAAAUGCUUCACUCGCACCCUUUGCCUUCCAUUGCCGAUUUUAAUCACGUGUUGGGUGCCAUUGCAAGAAUGAAGCAUUACCCAGUAGUCAUUUCUCUAACUAAACGAAUCAAAUCAUUCGGAAUCUCUCCCAAUGUUUAUACUCUUAAUAUUUUGAUUAACUGCUUCUGCCAUUGGAACCGUCUAGAUUUUGGGUUUUCUGUCUUGGCAACAAUUUUGAAACUUGGUUAUCACCCAGACUCUGUUACUCUAAACACCCUUGUGAAGGGUCUCUGUCUUCAAGGUAACAUUGCUGGAGCUGUGAAGUUGGUAGAAGAUAUGGAGAAGAAAGGGUAUCAACCUGAUGCAUUUACUUGUGGAACGAUACUAAAUGCUCUGUGUAAGAUUGGUAAGACUGAUAUGGCUCUUGGGUUGCUCAGGAAAUUGGAAGAAGGAGAUUUUGAGCAUUUAGUAUCAUUAGGGGCGUAUAACACAAUUAUUGACAGUUUAUGUAAGGAUAGGUUGGUAACUGAGGCCUUGAACUAUUUGACUGAAAUGAUGAGUAAAGGCAUUCAGCCGGACGUUAUCACUUACAAUUCCUUAAUUCGAGGCUUAUGCAAUUGCGGCAGGUGGAGAGAGGCUACUACUUUGUUGAAUGAGAUGGCACAGAGGAAGAUCGUGCCAAGUGUGAGGACCUUCAACAUAUUGGUGGAUGCAUUUUGCAAAGAGGGGAUGUUGAUAGAGGCAAAAAAAGUUUUUGAUAAGAUGAUUCAAAGAGGUAUUGAGCCUAAUGUAGUCUCUUAUAAUUCUUUAAUUGAUGGAUACUGUUUGCAAAAUAAAUUGAACGAUGCCAUCGAAGCAUUGAACAUGAUGGUUGAGAGGGGUUGUUCACCUAAUGUUGUUAGCUAUAGCACAUUGAUUAAUUUAUUUUGUAAAAAUAAAAGAAUUGAUGAGGCAAUGGAUCUCUUUAACGAAAUGUCCAACAAGGGAGUAACUCCUGAUGUUGUGGCUUACAACACUCUUAUAGGUGGGUUUUGUCGAGUGCAGAGACACAAGGCUGCUCUAGAGCUAUUCCAUAAAAUGCAGGCUUGUGGCCAACUUCCAGAUCCCCAAACUUAUGCUGUCUUGUUGGACGGCCUAUGUAAGAAUGGACAAGUUGUUGAGGCAAUAAAAUUGUUUCUUGAGAUGGAAGACAAAACGUUGGGCAACGAUAUUGUGAUUUACAACAUUUUGAUUGACGGUUUGUGUAAUGUCGGGAAUCUUAAAGUUGCAAGAGAACUCUUUUAUAGUCUACCCGCAAAAGGAUUGCAACCCAGUGUUCGAACUUACACCAUAAUGCUCAAAGGGCUUUGCAAAGAGGGACUGCUAGAAGAAGCAAGUGAGAUAUUUGAGAAAAUGGAUGGAAGCGGUUGUUCACCUAACGAUUGCACAUAUAACACAAUAAUCUAUGGGUCACUGCGACAUAAUGAGACAUCAAAGGCAAUUAAAUAUCUUGAAAUAAUGGUUGACAAGGGUUUUUCAGCAAAUGCGACAGUUGCAAGCAUGUUUUUUGACUUGAUGUCAUCUAAUCAAGUAGAUAAGAACAUUCAAGAAUUUCUCCAGAAGCUUGUGUGAAGGUUUUUUAGUUUCUAAACAUCAAGGACAAGUUUCAUAUUUUAUCCAUCACAUGUCAAUCUUUAAAAGAUGUGUAUCAUUUCAGGUUGAUUUGGUCUUCAACUUGUGAUUUUGGGAAUUCAGCUUGAAAUAAAAGAUGGGGUUCUCUUUCACCAAGCUUUUUAGCUGGCCUUUUGCCAAGGAGAUGCAUAUUCUAAUGGUGGGUCUUCGUGCAGCGGGCAAGACUACCAUUUUGUACAAGCUGAAAUUGGGAGAGAUUGGGACCACCCUUCCUACCAUUGGAUGAGUUGAGGGAGGCUGUGCUACUUGUAUUUGCAAACAAGCAGGAUCUUCGAAAUGCCAUGAAUGUUGCUGAAAUAAGUGAUAAGCUUUGUCUUCAUUCCCUCCAUCAACACCACUGAGCACAUGUGCCACUUCAGGGGAAGGGCUGUACGAGGGCCUAGACUGGCUUUUCAACAAUAUUGCUAACAAGGCUUAGGAGAUUCGUAAAUCUUCAUUUACUUUUUUGGGCUGCAAUCUCUGUCAAAGGGGAUUUUGUCGUUACAUGGUGUUUAUGCAUUUUACAUUUGAUAUUGUCUUGAGAAUGUAUCUGUUUGUUUAGAUCAUUGUUACAAUAUGAUAGAAAUUGACAUUUGCCUUGUAGAUUCUAAGUAAUUCAUGAUUCACAGUUCAUAGAUAUGAUUAAAUCUUGCUUAUUUUGGGA